CGCCAGCAUGGCGCCGCUGGACGCCGUGUUCCCGGCAGCGCCGUCGGCGCCGCCCCCGGCGCCGGUGCCCCACCUGCUCAACUGGGUCUACCUCACGCUAGCCGACCGCCAGCCGCCCCCAGAGCCGUCGGCGCCGCCGCCUCCGCCCCCGGGGAAGCCAUGGACGGCGCUGCCGGCGGCGACCGCGGGCGCGGGUUUCGGCCUGGGUCUGGCCGCGCUGCCCGUGCCGCCCCCGCCACCCCCAGCGCCAGGCCCGGACCCCACUCUUGACCUGGUGGAGCAGUUCAGAGAUAUGCACAUUGGUGUGCCCUCAGAGCGGAAGCCAGGGAAGCGGCCACCACCUGCCUACAUGUGCCAUUUGUGCUUCAGCAAGGGUCACUACAUCAAAGACUGUCCUCAGGCAAGGCCUAAAGGUGAAGGGCUUACUCCUUACCAAGGAAAAAAGCGGUGCUUCGGGGAAUAUAAAUGUCCCAAAUGCAAAAGGAAGUGGAUGUCAGGCAACAGUUGGGCCAACAUGAGCCAGCAGUGCAUUAAAUGCCAUGUGCACGUCUUUCCACAUAAGCAGCGUCCUUUGGAAAAACCAGAUGGACUCGAUGUUUCAGAUCAGUCUAAGGUUCAUCCUCAACAUCUGUGUGAGAAGUGUCAGACACUAGGUUAUUACUGCAGAAGAGUACAGUAAAUUAAAGUAAAGUAUAUGUAACAAUAUGUGUACUAUGUGGCCACAUUCCUCACACCUGAAUUUAAAGCAAAUAGUACAGCAGUGGAAAAUCAAAUGUGAGAGAGACAUGAGUAACAUUAGGAAACUGGAAUUAUUUUACUUAUAAAUGGUGUUCUUGUUAUAUGUGAAGAAAACAGAACUCAGCUUUAUCAUUGAAGAGCCAUCACAACUGAUGAUGAGUUGUAAAAAUUAUAUGUCAUAUUUCCUUUGCCCAGAUAGGCAAGAAGACAUUGACAGAAUGUAAAAUUAUCCUCUUACAUGACUGCUGAAGUGUUGUUGCAUUAUCAACUGAUGACACCUCUGUAUGUCCUUGCACCCAUUCCACACAUACACUGUUAUAUUUUAUUCUCUUAUGAUGGUGUUAUUUAUGGUUACCUUGUAGACCAAAGAAUUUAAUGUCUCGUGUUUUACUAACACUACUGCUAGAUGACACUACACUUUUAUAUUCUAAUCUUUAAAUAUGAUUAAUUUAUUUAUUCAACUUUCUUAUAAUACUGAAUAUGACCUCUAGUCAAGAACUGUUGGCUACAGCAGUUAAAAAUAGUGUAGAAGAUGACCAUUAAAUUCCACAAUGGAUUCUGAAGCAUAUGUACAAGUAAUUUGCAGAUCUGCUAAUAUUAAGAUCAAAGCUGUGAUCAGGCUGUUCAAAACUACUUUAAGCUGUAUAUAUUUUUCCAAAGAAUAUUGUUCUAUAGGUGAUCAGUCUCUUCAGAAAUAACAUUCGAGCUGCAUUUAAAAACAGUGCCAACUCAGGAUCUACAUGCUUGGUGUAAUACAAGGCCUUAGGUUGCUGAUCUAUAUUUGUUGUGACUUACCUUUCACUCAUUUAAAUAUUUCUUUUUUGUUCUGUUUGUAAUAUUUUCUUGAAGCCAACAUCACUGGAAGGUUAAUAUAAUGGCUAUCAUCUUUGAGAAGAGACAAAAAGUUAAUAAACCAAGACACACAGGUCUUAAUUUUAUGUAUGCAAGGUAGCUCAGCAAUUUCAGAGUUUGGUAUAUUUUGCAAAAGACCAAUUUUCCAGUGUGUAAACAAACAAUUCAAUAUAACACAUGCAUAAUUUUACACAAAUUCCUGUCAAAAUUUAUCAUCAUUUAACUCCAAUAUCAAGUGGUUUUAUUGUGUUUUUCUUCUUUCUUUCUAUAUUUAUCACCUAUGAUACAUACUGUUCUACAACUACCCCCCUCCCUCCCCCCCCCAUUUUCUUUAUAUGAACAUGAUGGCGUAAAUAAUUUGCAUUUCUGUCAACUCUGUUAUCAUUUCUUGUAGAAAGAUUUCUACUAUUCAUCAUAUCAACAUAAUCUUUUAGCUCAGUAUCUAAUUUUGGCAGCAAUGCAUUUAACUGAUAUUUUAAUUCUACACAUAACAACUUAGCUUUCAUUUUACAAUGGGACUUGCCAUACACUAGUCACAGUUUGGCACUUCACAUUUUCACUUUAUUAUUGAUAGUAUCAAAAUAGUAUCAAACGUUUCAUUGUCAGCACUUUAUUCAUGCAGCUUACUGAACUGUGAUGUAGAAGUAAUGUCAAUAUGUUUGUGUGAGCUGAUUAUUUAUGUUUUACCUUUAUAGAUCAUUGUCAGUAGUCUUUAUUUAAUCUGGCUGAUUUUACUUUGUAAUUUAAAUAAUAGACAAAAGAAGAUCCUCACAUGAAUCUAUGUAUAUGUAUGUGAAAAUUUUUUUGAAAAGUAAAACUGAACUAUGUUACCAU